UGACAGCGGUGUGAGUAGCUUUUUGUGCUGGUGACUGUGAACACCACGGAUCGCCUCACGAUAUGGACAACCUAGAUGGAUCCAGUGAAACGACUGCGGAUACCAAAAUGACUGCGUCUCAGAGGCGAGCAGAAAUCCGCCGGAGAAAACUCAUGAGUAAUUCAGAGGAGAGAAUGAAUAAAAUCAUGGGCAUACAUAAACCUGCGGCCAUCGUUGAUGAAUUACGCUUAGAAAGAAUUGACAAGCCAGAUUCACUACCUCUGUCAUCUUCUCUUACAAAGAGAGGCACUAUUAUGUCUGGAGAUGGAAUGACAUCAAGUGAGCACCAUACAGGCAGUACAGAUGGCAGAGAGUCUUAUUUAGGAGAGAGGAUUGACUUUAGCAAUAACUCAGAUUUCAGGAAUGACACUAAUGGUCUGAGAAAUAGAGGGGAGCUGACUCCAGACUCUACACCAAGGGGGUUAAACCAAUACUUGUCAAGAUUUGAUGAUGCUAUGAAACUCCGAAACCAACUGAACAGUGACAAGCCAAAUCCAGAAAAUGGGAAUGGAGUGGAUGAACUGGACUCUUUCCGUAUUUUCAGGCUUGUGGGAAGUGUCCUUCUUGCAUUAGGAGUUAGAAUGUUUGUGUGCAAGUACUUGUCCAUAUUUGCACCAUUCCUCACAUUACAACUUGCGUUUAUGGGGUUAUCAAAGUAUUUUCCAAAGGGAGAGAAGAAAACAAAAACAACUGUCCUAACUGCUGCCCUGCUUCUGUCUGGGAUCCCGUCUGAGGUGAUCAGUCGCUCACUGGACACUUACAGCAAGAUGUCUGAUGUUUUCACUGACCUCUGUGUAUAUUUUUUCACUUUCAUCUUCUGUCAUGAAGUUUGCCUGUUUUUUGGUUCAGAAGUGCCAUGAUUAUUGACAGAAGAAAAAAUGUGCUAUUUUCUGUUUGUAUCAGGCAAUGCCCAGCUCUGUGCAUACAGAAUAUGGCUUUUGGGUAGUAAUUAUCAAGCUCUUCUUAUUUUGCUAUAAGCUGGUACAACGCAAUCUCUGACAUUAAGCAUUGUUUGCUAGCUCCAGUGAUACUGUCAGAGAUUCCUGAGUUUAAAAUUGUCUGCUAAGAAUAUCUAGUUGUUACCAAUUUUUUUUUUUUUUAAAUAGUAAUUUAUAUUGUUAUGGAAGUGAGUACAACAUAUCUGUUCAUUCCACAAACUGCUACUAUUGUACUCUGUGUCUAAGGUAAGAUUUAAACAUAUCAUGUUUGUAUCCUAAAUAACAUUUUUUUUUUAUUGUAGUUGUAUUUGUCUUUUAGUUAUAACAUUAAAGAGAAAUAAUAAUCAAUAUUUUUCUUUGUUUUAGCUAAAACAGAGACUUUCUAAUUAAUGACAGAUUGUUGUUGCUAAAGUUGUUUUUAUUUGAAUGCAUAUUCCUGAGCAGAAUAAAGCAGUAUUUUAUUGUCAGA